AUGAUGAAGAGGCAGCUGCAUCGCAUGCGGCAGCUGGCCCACACUGGCAGCCUGGGACGCACCCCGGAGACUGCAGAGUUCCUGGGUGAGGACCUGCAGCAGGUAGAGCAGCGGCUGGAGCCAGCUAAGCGAGCAGCCCACAAUGUCCACAAACGGCUGCAGGCCUGUCUGCAGGGCCAGAGCGGGGCGGAAAUGGACAAGCGGGUGAAGAAGCUUCCCCUCAUGGCUCUGUCCACCACGAUGGCCGAGAGCUUCAAGGAGCUGGACCCCGAUUCCAGCAUGGGGAAGGCCUUGGAGAUGAGCUGUGUCAUUCAGAACCAGCUGGCCCGCAUCCUGGCUGAGUUUGAGAUGACCCUGGAGAGGGACGUACUGCAGCCACUCAACCGGCUGAGCGAGGAGGAGCUGCCAGCCAUCCUCAAGCACAAGAAAAGCCUGCAGAAGCUGGUGUCUGACUGGAACAUGCUCAAGAGCAGGCUGAGUCAGGCGGCUAAGAACUCUGGCAGCAGUCAGGGCCUGGGCAGCGGCCCGGGCAGCCACACCACCACAGCCAACAAGGUGGAGACGCUGAAGGAGGAGGAGGAGGAGCUGAAGAGGAAGGUGGAGCAGUGCAAGGACGAGUACUUGGCCGACCUGUACCACUUUGCUACUAAGGAGGACACCUAUGCCAACUACUUCAUCCACCUUAUGGAGAUUCAGGCCGAUUAUCAUCGCAAGUCUCUGAGCUCGCUGGACACGGCCCUGGCUGAGCUGAAGGAGAACCACAGCCAAACAGACCCCUCCCCCUCGAUGACGGCCGCCCCCUUCUCCAGGGUGUAUGGGGUGCCUCUGGGAACCCACCUCCGAGAGCUGGGCCGGGACAUCGCCCUGCCCAUCGAGGCCUGCGUCAUGAUGCUGCUCUCUGAGGGCAUGAAGGAAGAGGGCCUCUUCCGUCUGGCCGCCGGAGCAUCGGUGCUGAAGCGCCUCAAGCAGACCAUGGCCUCGGACCCCCGCAGCCUGCAGGAGUUCUGCUCUGACCCCCACGCUGUGGCAGGUGCCCUUAAGUCCUACCUGCGGGAGCUGCCGGAGCCCCUGAUGACCUUUGACCUCUAUGACGAUUGGAUGAGGGCAGCCAGCCUGAAGGAGCCGGGAGCCCGACUGGAGGCCCUCCAGGAGGUGUGCAGCCGUCUGCCCCACGAGAACCUCAGCAACCUCAGGUAUCUGAUGAAGUUCCUAGCACAGCUGGCUGAGGAGCAGGAGGUGAACAAGAUGACACCCAGCAACAUCGCCAUUGUCCUGGGGCCCAACCUACUGUGGCCCCCUGAGAAAGAAGGGGACCUGGCCCAGCUGGAUGCAGCCUCGGUCUCAUCCAUCCAGGUGGUAGGCGUGGUUGAGGCUCUGAUACAGAACACCGACACCCUCUUUCCUGGAGAUAUCAACUUCAAUGUGUCGGGCCUGUUCUCAGUGCCUGCCCCCCAGGACAAGGUCAGCGACAUGCCGGCUUCUGAGGAGCUUCCAUCGAUUCCCACACCCACCCCGGCCGCUGUCCCAGCCUUAGUGGCUACCAAGGAAAGGGCAGAGUCCGAGGCGCCCCACAGACCAACCUCCCCCAAGGUCAGUCGGACCCCCCCAGAGGCGGCCGCCCCAGCAGAGGAGAUGGCUCGGAGGACCAAGCGCCCAGCACCCGCCAGGCCCACCAUGCCGCCCCCCCAGGUCUCUGGCACCCGCAGCUCCCCUCCAGCGCCACCCCUGCCUCCUGGCUCUGGCAGCCCUGUGACCCCUCGGGCUCUGCCCCGCCGUCUGGUUGGCAGCAGCCUCCGGGCCCCCACGGUGCCACCCCCGUUGCCUCCCACUGCCCCCCAGCCUGCCCAGCGUCAGAGCCGGCGCUCACCAGCUUCCCCCAGCCCGGCCUCCCCAGGUCCGGCCUCUCUCAGCCCAGUCAGUCUGAGCUCGCCUGCACAUGUGGACCUGGGGGUGGCCACUGAGGAGGGAGAGGCCCCUGAGGCUGCAGGCAGGGCCCCUACUGCCCCAGUCAUCCCCCCUCAGGCCCGGCCCAGGAGCCUCGCCUCAGAGACCAACUGA